AUGGCAUCCACUACUGACCGCGCUGCCUUUGAGGCCGUCUUCCCUUCAUUGGCCCAGGAUAUCCUUGCGCACGCGAAGAAAUACAAUCUCCCUGACAAUGCCCUGGAGUGGUUUGAAAAGGCCCUCAAUGUCAACGUCCCCGGUGGCAAGCUCAACCGCGGACUCUCCGUGCCCGACACCGGUCUCGCUCUUCUGAACAAGCCCCUGACCGAAGAACAGUUCAAGCACCUCAGCAUCCUGGGCUGGCUCACCGAGCUGUUGCAGGCUUUUUUCCUCGUCAGUGAUGACAUUAUGGACAGUUCGAUCACUCGCCGUGGUCAACCGUGCUGGUAUCGCCACCAGGGAGUCGGUUUGAUCGCCAUCAACGACGCUUUUAUGCUGGAAUCAUCCAUCUUCGUGCUUUUGCGCAAGCACUUCCGUUCCCACCCUGCCUACAUCGACCUAGUGGAGCUCUUCCAGGAGGUCACCUGGCAAACGGAGUUGGGUCAACUCUGUGACUUGAUCACCGCUCCUGAGGACAACGUUAACCUCGACAACUUCUCCCUCGAGAAGUACAUGUUCAUCGUCACCUACAAGACCGCUUACUACAGCUUCUAUCUCCCUGUCGCCCUGGCGCUGCACUACCUCCAGCUUGCCACUCCCGACAACCUUCGUCAAGCCCAUGAUAUCCUCAUUCCCCUGGGCCAGUACUUCCAGGUACAGGAUGACUACCUCGAUGCCUACGGUGACCCCUCCUUCAUCGGCAAGAUUGGUACCGAUAUUCAGGAUAAUAAGUGCUCGUGGCUGGUGAACCAGGCCCUCCAACGCUGUACCGAUGAGCAGCGCAAGACCCUGGACGAAGCCUACGGUCGGAAGAACAGUGAAUUGGAGGCCAAGGUCAAGCGGAUUUACUUGGAGCUGGACCUGGAGAAAGUUUACAAGGAGUACGAGGAGAAAACAGUCAGUGGGCUGCGCAACAAGAUCGCCGCUGUGGAUGAGUCGGAGGGCCUGAAAAAGGAAGUCUUUGAGGCUUUCCUGGCCAAGAUCUAUAAGCGUUCCAAAUAA